CUAGAAUUGAAGAAGAUCCAGACGAGCCACGAUUACCCAUUGGCUGGGACAUUGGGAUGGCUUUUUCGAUAGUACCACUUCAGACAAGUACCAUUGAUUAUCAUACAGAUAUCACUGCAUGCGUCAGGCGUAUUAGUAUUCCUACAACAGUUCGUGGUAUCCUCCGAGAAUUCAACCUGGUCAUACAGGAUGUGAGGUGCGUUCUAUAGAAUAAUACACUACUUUGUUAAU